AUGCGUGUUUGGGUGGAUUUAUUCUACCGUUCAUCGACGAUCAUCACCCGUUCGAUUUUCGUGUUCCAGGAGUGUGUUCAAUUUCUGCUGACACUCAUAAGUACGGUCUGUCGCCGAAAGGCUUCAUCCGUGGUGCUCUACAAGAACAAGGAGUACCUGCACAAUCAAUACUUUUGCGAUGCCGACUGGCAAGGAGGAAUCUACGCGUCGUCUACUUUAGAAGGUAGCCGAUCUGGACUCAAUAUUGCUCUGUGCUGGGCCUCCUUAUUAUAUCAAGGAUUCGACAAAUACAAGCAACACUCACGAGCCGUAGUAGCCACUACGAAGAAGAUUCGGGACGGAAUCACCUCAAUUCCGGAGCUACGUCUUCAGGGUUCUUCUGAUGUGUGCAUUGUUAGCUUGGACGAGCGACGUCAUUGA